GAAUUAAACGUAUAAGUCCUCAAUUUAAUAUUUUCAUACACAAACCUGUUAAUGACAACAACGUUCGACAUGACAAUUGUGAUCCAUCGACGAAAUAGGGUGAAAUCAAUCGAAAUAAAGCCAUUUUAAGAAAAUAAUAUUUGAAGGAUAGACGAGACGAUGCUGUUUUCACAACUGUAAAUGUUUCCAAUCAAUACGACAAAACAAUAACAACUUAUUAGUUCUAAGGGAAAAGAAAGCAACGAUGGGCAAACGUUACUACUGUGAUUUCUGUGACAGAUCAUUUGCAGAUACAGGUGUAAAUAGAAAAAAUCAUUUCAAAGGCGUCCAACACCAACGUUUAAAAAAGCAGCAUUAUGAUGCAUUUCGUGAUCCAGCUUCAAUACUUGCAGAAGAAAGCACUAAAAUUCCCUGUACACGAUUUCAGACAGGAAGUUGUGACUUUGGUGACAGUUGCAAGUUUUCCCACAUGACACCAGAGAGACUACAUCAUCUUCAAGAACUUGUUUCAAAGCAAAGACAGAAGUCAGAAAAAGACAUAAACUUCAAUAAAGACCUAAAAGAGCCCACACUGGAAGAAUGGUUGGAGAAAAGAAGCAAGCGCCUUCGUAAGACUGAAAAUAAUGAGGAAGAAACUGAAGAAUUACAUUAUGAAUUACCCCCCUUUUUAAACAUUUCAAAUUUACCUCCAUCAUUAUUGCCACCUUCUGCUGAAGAGCUUAGAAACACAGCCAAGUGUGAAUGGGGCUGAAAGGAAAAUGUUUGGAGAUUUGAUUGAAAAUUAUACUUCACAGAUUGACUGUGGUAACUGCCUUUGUGGUUUGCGAUACAACUUAUAUGAAAGACCUCUCAGCUUGCAGGCUGUAUAAUUAUUACAAACUAUUCCUAAAGACUUGGAUUGUCCUGCAAAGUGGACAUUCUAAAAAAUCUCAAGCACUAUUGGAUGUGGUUUAUUAUAUGUCUCAGAAACAGUUGAUUCCUUGCAAACUUGCAUUUCAAUGACUUUUAUACUAGUUCAUUCAGUUACUACUAAAUCAUAUUUGAACAGUUACAACCAUCGAAACUUUAUACACCUUGUGAAGCGCUGUUUUGAUAAAGAGUAAAAUGCUUUAAAAUGUGUGUAUUUAUUGCAAAUAUGAAUUAAUGAAUUAGCCAAUUAUGUUCAAUUUAUUGUUGUUGAUUAAACAAUGAACAACUAAUCUAUUUGAGGUGCAUAGGAAUUAUAGUAGUGGUGCAUUAGAGCAUUUACGGGUUGUUUAUUAUCUGAUAAAUUUCCCUGUAUUAUUUUUAAUAUAAUAUUCCAUAUGUCCAUUGUUUAUAACUUCCCAUUUUUUCUACAUUUCAUAUUUGCUGUUUACAUUGCCUGUUUCAUGGAGAAGAAUUUAACCAAGUUUGGAAUAGCAUUUUUAAAAGUCGUGUUUUUGCGUUUAUACCUGGGCCUACCUUUGUAUUACAGGUAAUGAUAUUUAUCUACAAAACAUAGUACAGUAUAAAAUUAACUCUAUCAGACUAAGAUGCCGCAUGUGUGUUGAAUGGUGAGGAUACUUGAUUUGUCGACAAUUCGACUCAAAUGGCAUCUCAACCGCUUGUCAGGUUUUUCUUUAUUUUUAAAUGUUUGUUGUUUGUGAUACUAAUGUGAAAGUUGAACGGAGUGAUACAUCAUCCUUCUUAACAUUUUCCUGUUUCAUUCUUAAGUAUCAUGUGUAAUUCCAGAUAAAAAAAACGACCAAUAUAUAUUUGAAAUAUGAAAUCUUUCGCGGUCGUGCAUCGAUGAUUCCAAUAAUAGAUUUGUGCCUUGAACCACCUGUCCCAAGGUGGACACCAUACCCGCUACGCAAUGGCACCAUCAGUGCAAACGUUUUACAAUGUAUUAUUCCAACAACACAUUAUCAAAAAGUUUCAUGAUUAUCAGAUUAUUAUACCCCCACAAACGAAGUUAAGCAGGGUAUAUAGGAGGGAGCUUGUCUGUCGGUCCGUAUUUAGUGUCCCCUCUCUAUUUCAAGUUGUUUUCAUCCGAUCUUCACCAAACUUGUAUGUUUUAUCUAGAUGAUGUCUAGGUCAAGUUCGAAUAUGGGUCAUGGCGGGUCAAAAACUUGGUCACGGGUUCACUUAGUGCGUUUUAAACAUUGAGCACGGUAUCCGCUCUCUAUUUCAGGUAGUUUUCAUUCGAGCUUCACCAAACUUGGUCAGAAGUUGUAUCUAGAUGAUGUCUAGGCCAAGUUCAAACAUGGGUCAUGGCAGGUCAAAAACUAGGUAAGGGGGUCACUAAGUGUGUUUUAAACAUUGAGCAUGGUGUCCGCUCUCUAAUUCAAGUAGUUUUCAUCCGAUCUUCACCACACUUGGUCAGAAGUUGUAUCUAGAUGAUGUGUAGGUCAAGUUCGAAUAUGGGCCAUGCCGGGUCAAAAACUAGGUCACGGGGUCACUAUGUGCGUUUUAAACAUUGAGCAUGGUGUCCGCUCUCUACUUCAAGUAGUUUUCAUCCGAUCUUCACCACACUUGGUCAGAAGUUGUAGUAUCUAGAUGAUGUGUAGGUCAAGUUCGCACAUGGGCCAUGUCAGGAAUAAUCAUUUAUAUUUAUAAAACAGUGCAACGCAACAAUAUUUCGACUUCAGCUCAUAACAUUCCUUACAAUUUCCAUAUUUAAAUCAAACAGGUCCCAAAUCACAACAGUACAUUUGUUUACAAAUAAUGCUUCAUACAUACACUUUGGAAGCUGCCAUGGGUUAGAGCUUAAUAUAUUUAUUUAAACAAGAGCACGGCAUGGCGGGUGCCAACGCUUGGCUGUGGGUGCAGUUUUGAAUAAAUGAAAGCUUGUCAGAAGUGACCUUGACCUUUGACCUAGUGACCCCAAAAAGAGGUGUGGCAUGAAGAACUCAUCAAGGUGCAUUUACAUAUGAAGUUUUAAAGUUGUAUGUGGAAGCACUUUGAUUUUAGAGCCUCUGUUAAGGUUUUAGCACGACGCGUUGACAGACGCCGGACGACGAGCUGGCUAUGACAAUACCUCGGGUUUUCUCAGAAAACAGCCGAGCUAAAUAAACUAAGCUCAUACAUUUAAAUGUCCAUCAUAUAUUUCUGACUUUACAAGCCUCACCCUUGCUGACCACCCGGUACAUGAAUGGCAUCUUUACCCUCUCCAGUCUGGUCACUGUAGUUUCCCAUAUAUCUAUCCAGUCUUUACAUGGUGACUUAACAUGGGAUUGAUGAGGUUGCCUAUCAUUUCAACGUCAAUCCAUCGGCCUGUGACUGAUAAGGCCUUUCUGUAACAGUCUUGUGCUCCGAGCGUCAGACACUUCCUAAUGAUCCAUAUGGCAUCCAACCAAAAUGGCGCAUCAUGCUCUGCAUUUUAACGGUUAUACCGGUUGUGUACCGGUAAGCAAUCCUCGUAGUGUCACAAAAUAUAACUACAACAACAGAACUCUUAAAAUUAUUCAGUUGUUUCACAUUGCAACGCUUGAUAAUUUUCAGGAUUUUAAAUCGUAAAAAGAUGCGUAUAAUGGAUAUUUUAGAGCAUGGUAAAUGUUCAGUAAUACUGAUUCCUCACAAAUAUCAUAACAACAACGAAAAUUUGCGAAUCUGAAAGUAUUUUUUUUAAAUUUGGUCAAUUUACCAAAACGAGAAAAGGCCACUUUAAUGAUACGUGAAGUUGACGAAUUAUGAACGAAGGACGACGCUGGGCAGCAGCACAUACAAAAUUGUGAUCUGGUGAUUUGAGGGCUGCAUUCUUACGAAUCAGUAAAACACGUUGGAAGGUUUUAAGUUCACCAACAAGACACCGCGCCAGAACAACCAAAAGGGUGACACAUGUCAAUUGUAGUCUUCCUGUUUGCGUGUUGGCGGGUUUGAAGGUCGCCAAAUGUCUAGAUUAAAAGAAUAAAGAGAUUAUCAAAGCGUAAAUUGUCUCACAUUAAGUUUAGUGUCAUCUCUAUUGUCGUUCUUUAUUGGUGUAUGUUAUGCUUGCUAGUGAGUAUAUGUUAUAAUAUGUAUACGUGAUUCAGAGAUGGUAAAGAAUGCGCAGCAAACACAAACGCACACACAAACUUAAUUUUAUUGUUUAUUUAGAAUUAACGUGAAUGUACGAAGGUAUUGGUUAGUCAUCAGGACACCUUAAUUAACAACAUUAAUGUCAAUAUUUAUAUUUGUUAGUUAUUAACAUGUAUUAUUCUUUAUCAAACAAAACAUGCAAAACAAAUAUGGUAUAUGAUUUGCACUUAUGAAAAAGCAAGAAACUGCAAAUGAUCUGACUUUUGAUCUGGAUUGCGAGCAGUUAAAGGAGCUGUUAACUAUUUGUGUCAUUGAGGAAGUUUUGACCGCAUGACUAAUGAUAAAGUUAUAAUUGUAUUCAAUACAUUAAUAAAAUCAGAUCUACAGUCAUGCAAAGUUUUUAUCAAUGAUACUUUAAUACGACCUAAAUGCUCUCUUUAUACAUAGUUAAAAUAGCAUUUUUCCUCGAGCCCCCCCCUCCCCCCGUCAGAAUUAAGUAGGCUGAUAUCUGCCCCCUCACAACAA